ACAAAAGUAGAAAAAUCAGUUCAAGCAUGUAUAACGCAGAAAUUCAGAAGUAAAGCUGUCCAGAUCAAUAUCAAAACAAAAGACCAGGCAUCAUCACCCUUGAAGCCAUCAAUAAUAUCUAGUUCCACAUCCCCGUUUAAAGCUGAGAUCAUCAAAAAAACAUAUCCUUCUGUCUCCAAUCUAAACAAAGUUACAAGAACUGUAUUGAAUAAAGAAGAGCACUCUGAUAGUGAUAUAUCUUUAUAUACACCAUCUGUUGCCACCCACAGUUGUUCGUCAUCAGUGCAAUCAUUACAAGUUCAAUCAUCUUCUGACUGUAGUGAAUUAAUUGCAGAAGACAGAAGACUAGAAGUUGAUAAGACACUGUUGCACACAAUUGGAAAAAUUGAAAAGAAACCUCGAAUAUACAUUGGUGUUCCGAGCAGUUGUUACUACUUAAUUGACAUACUAAAAGCUGAAUUAAAUAUUCCUAAACAUCAUAUAUUGCUAUGUUUAAAUAAGAUACGUUUGGAUGUUAAAUUUAAUCAGCUCACAGAUGAUUAUGGAAUGACUCCAGCAGGUUUAAGCAAGAUAUUUUUAAAAAAUAUACCUCUGAUAGCUAGCUUUAUGCGUCCUUUUAUUGUGGAGCUAGACAGGGAUAUGAUUAAAAGGACCUUACCUAUGGCAUUCAGGCACAAAUAUUAUAAUGUGAGUUGCAUUAUCGACUGCCUUGAAAUUGAGAUCCAAAAGCCAUCUAAGGCAAUAAACCAAGCUCUGACAUGGUCUGAAUAUAAAAAAACAAAUACCAUAAAAUAUUUAAUAUCAUGCACACCAAAUGGAUUGGUUAAUUAUAUUUCUCCUGGAUUUGGAGGCAGGACAACUGACACAUGUGUAGUGGAAUCAUGUGACUUUGUGAAAUCAUUAAAAAGUGGUAUGGUUGUUAUGGCAGACAGGGGCUUUAAGCAUGUAGAGCAGUAUCUCAAAAAAUCAAAUAUUACAUUAGUAAGGCCUCCAAGCGUUGAAACAGGAGUGAAAAUGAGCAAAAGUCAAGCAAAGCUAACCAAACAGAUAGCCAGCUUGAGAAUACAUGUAGAAAGAGUUAUUCGGCGCUUACGUGAAUUUUAUAUGCUUAAACCACAUGCAUGUGUUAAUUUAAAACAUGUAAAAAUACUCGAUGACAUAGUAAUCAUAGCCUGUGCUUUAAUUAAUUUGCAAGAUUCUUUAGUAAAAUAAAACAAAAUUUCAAA